AUGUCGGACCUUCCUCAAACUCCCAACCCCAAGGACGGUCACGCCGACGACGACAACGAGGCCCGCCAUGGCCUCGAGACAGAGCACACCAUGACCCUGUGGCAGGGCUUCCGCAGGUACCCCUAUGCCGUGGGCUGGUCCGUCCUGUUUUCCACCGCCAUCGUCAUGGAAGGCUUCGACGUCGUCUUGAUCGGCAGCCUGUACGCCAUGGGCCCGUUCCAGAAGGAUUUUGGCCGCCAGCUCCCCGACGGCAGCUACCAGCUGACGGCCGCCUGGCAGGCCGGCCUGUCCAACGCAGCGCUCGUCGGCGAGAUCCUGGGCCUGUUCGUCAACGGCAUCGUCUGCGACCGCUUCGGCUACCGCAAGACCAUCAUGGGCGCGCUGGCCCUCGUGGCCUGCUUCAUCUUCAUCGUGUUCUUCGCCAGCAGCCUGACCGUGCUGCUGGUCGGCGAGAUCCUGCUCGGCAUCCCGUGGGGCGUGUUCCAGACGCUCACCACCACCUACGCCUCCGAGGUGUGUCCCGUCGUGCUGCGCCCGUAUCUGACCACCUACGUCAACCUGUGCUGGGUGCUGGGCCAGUUUAUCGUCUCGGGCGUGCUCAAGGGCGUGCAACCCCUCCAGGACAAGUGGGCGUACAAGAUCCCCUUUGCCUGCCAGUGGGCCUGGCCGCUGCCGAUUAUGCUGGGUGUGGCUCUGGCGCCCGAGUCCCCCUGGUGGCUGGUUCGCAAGGGACGCAUCGCGGAUGCCAGAAAGUCGCUGGCUCGCCUGACGUCGCGCGCAGACCCGGACUUCGACCCGGACAAGACCAUCGCCAUGAUCAGACGUACGAACGAGCUCGAGCGCCAGAUCACCGAGGGCACCUCAUACGUCGACUGCUUCCGCGGCGAGAAUCUGCGCCGCACGGAGAUCGUCUGUCUCACCUGGGCCAUCCAGAACCUGUGCGGCAGCACCUUCAUGGGCUACUCGACCUACUUCUACGAGCAAGCCGGUCUGGCGCCGAGCAACGCCUUCACCAUGUCGCUGAUUCAGUAUGCGCUCGGCGCCGUUGGCACCAUCAUCUCGUGGUUUCUCAUCAACUCGUUCGGCCGGCGCACGCUCUACCUGGCCGGGCAGACAGUACAGAGCGUCCUGCUGGUCGUCAUCGGCGCUCUGGGUUGCGUGCCGGACAGCACCGGCGUCUCCUGGGCCAUUGGAAGCCUGCUCCUGGUCUUCGCCCUCUUCUACGACGCCACCGUCGGCCCCGUCUGCUACGCGCUCGUCUCGGAGCUGAGCUCGUCCCGCCUGCGCACCAAGACGGUCGUGCUCGCGCGCAACGUGCUCAACAUCAUCGGCAUCAUCGCCAACAUCUUGACCCCGCGCAUGUUGAACCCGUCUGCCUGGGACUGGGGAGCCAAGGCCGGCUUCUUCUGGGCCGGCAGCUGCUUCCUCUGUCUCGUGUGGACGUAUUUCCGGCUGCCGGAGCCCAAGGGCCGCACCUACGCUGAGCUGGAUAUGCUGUUUGAGCAGCGGGUUCCCGCGCGCAAGUUCGUGUCGACAGUGGUCGAUCCUUUCCAGGCCUCCUCCGAUUGCGCCGAGAAGCGAGAAAUGCAGGAGGGGAAGGCUGAGACUGUGGAGACUGUGGAGAAUGUGAACAAACUGUAA